AGGGUAGGAAGCAGACUCGAAUCAGGGAUGCAGCGAGACAAAACAAGCAACGCCGGCGGGGCUGAAAAGCCGGACCGGGAGGCCGCCAUAAUGUCGAAAUACUAUGAUGGAGUUGAAUUUCCUUUCUGUGACGAGUUUUCCAAAUAUGAAAAAAUGGCAAAAAUAGGACAAGGAACCUUUGGGGAGGUGUUCAAAGCAAAGCACAGACAGACUGGGAAGAAGGUUGCCCUGAAGAAAGUGUUGAUGGAAAAUGAGAAAGAAGGGUUCCCAAUCACUGCUCUCAGAGAGAUCAAGAUCCUGCAGCUGCUCAAACAUGAGAAUGUGGUCAACCUGAUUGAGAUUUGCAGAACCAAAGUUACUCGGUUGCCAUGCCUGAAUGUCUUUCUCCUAUGACGGGAGCAGGAAGCCUAUGUUGCGUAAACAUUUCUUUGUUGGUGGUUUUCAUUCUUUUUCCCCUGUCAUUGUUCUUGAAGCUACUCAGUUCAACAGAUACAAAGGCAGCAUCUACCUGGUGUUUGACUUCUGUGAGCACGACCUGGCCGGGCUGUUGAGCAAUGCCAAUGUAAAGUUCACCCUUGCCGAGAUCAAGAAGGUCAUGCAGAUGCUGCUCAAUGGAUUGUACUACAUCCACAGAAACAAGAUCCUUCACAGAGAUAUGAAGGCAGCCAACGUGCUCAUCACCAGAGAUGGUGUCCUGAAGCUGGCAGACUUUGGUUUGGCUCGAGCCUUCAGUCUGGCUAAAAACAGCCAGGGGAACCGCUACACCAACCGUGUGGUCACACUCUGGUACAGACCUCCAGAGCUGCUGCUGGGUGAGCGAGACUACGGACCCCCCAUUGACCUGUGGGGAGCAGGCUGCAUCAUGGCAGAAAUGUGGACCAGAAGUCCCAUAAUGCAAGGCAACACUGAGCAGCAUCAACUCACUCUCAUCAGCCAGCUCUGUGGUUCCAUCACUGCUGAGGUGUGGCCUGGCGUGGAUAAGAAGUAUGAGCUUUACCAGAAAAUGGAGCUGCCUAAAGGCCAAAAGAGGAAGGUAAAGGACCGUCUCAAGGCUUACGUCAAAGACCCGUAUGCCCUGGAUCUGAUAGAUAAACUCCUCGUCCUGGACCCGGCCCAGCGCGUUGACAGUGACGACGCACUCAACCAUGAUUUCUUCUGGUCCGACCCAAUGCCCUCAGACCUGAAGAACAUGCUCUCCACCCACAACACCUCCAUGUUUGAAUAUCUGGCCCCACCCAGACGGAGAGGCCACAUGCCACAGCAGCAGCCCAAUCAGAACAGAAACCCAGCCACCACCAGUCAGACUGAGUUUGAUCGAGUGUUUUAGGGGAUGUAGAAACUUAUGGACAGUUUUUAUUAGUCACAAUUGACCAGGAACAGGACUCUAAUAUUCAAUUGAUGCAGAGCCCUCUGCAAGCCAAGUUAUUAUAUUCCAACUUUGUGCUUUCUUUCCAGGUGAAUGAAAUAAUGAAAGACUGAUGUUCAACCCUGUAGACAUGGCUUGUAUGUUCGCCUUAGACGAGGCCACAGAUAGUUUUAGAUUCUGGCUUUGUUUUCUUUCACACUUAAUUAUCAUUGUUUUGUUUGAAAGAUAACCUCUCUUUAAAGGCUAUGCAGUAUGAGGUUUUUAUUUAUAUUAAGAAAGUGAGAAACCUUUAUUUAAAUCAUUUUACACACAUUCUACAUACAUAGCCAAAUGUAACAUAUCCAAAAUAAAAGUUAUUACUCAACUUUUAAA